CCCGUUUGUUCUCCCACCUUUAUUGCUAUCCCUCUUCUUCCCCACCCACCCCAGUUCUCUCGGCCGACUGGAUCUCUCCUUGUUCACUCGGAAGGAAGCUUCACUUGGUUUUUUUGGGGGGGGGGAUCAGGGCUCGCAAUAUCAAAGUCUUUGUAAUUAACCCCGAACUCCGUCUCCUUCGUCUCUUUCUCUUUCUCUCUUUUUUUUCCCCGGCGCAGAUUUUUGUCUCGGCCACUUCCAGCGCCACUUGCUGUACCUCGGGUUCCCGCGCUGCCUCGGACGUCUCCUCGGGGUCUUCCCAGACGGCGACCCUCGGCUGCACUUCUUACGAGAAUCGGCUGCUGGCCGGAUCCAGGACGGAACUCAACGCAGCCUUGGGGAUUUACGGCUCGCCCUACGCAGCCGCUGGGGCCAACCCGGGAUACGCCAACUACCUGCCUUACAACGCCGACCCCUCCAGUUUCUAUACCGCGCUGAAUUCCCAAUAUGACCUGAAGGACAGUUCACCGGCUUUACAUGCAGGCAUUGCUCAACCCACAGCAGCAGCCUAUUAUUCUUAUGACCACUGUUUUGGGCAGUAUGACAGGUAUGGAACGGUGGACUUUGGCAACUCAUCCAGACGCAAGAAUGCUACCCGAGAAACCACCAGCACACUGAAGACAUGGUUAUAUGAGCACCGAAAAAAUCCCUACCCCACCAAGGGUGAGAAGAUCAUGCUGGCCAUCAUCACCAAGAUGACCCUCACCCAGGUCUCCACCUGGUUCGCCAAUGCCCGCCGGCGGCUUAAGAAGGAGAACAAGAUGACAUGGUCUCCUAAAAAUAAAGCAGGAGAUGAGCAGAGGGAGGGAAGUAAAAGGAACGGGGAAGACUGCAGCAGUGAAAAUGAAGACAAAGACCCCAAAAUCUGCAAAGAAGAAAAGGAGCUGCAGCUGAGUGAUCUGGAGGACUUAGAUGAGGAGGAAUCAGACAUGAAGGCUGAAGAUGAGCUGAAGCACCUCCAUCAGGAUGGCCUCAUAAUUGGCAGAGAAUUGACCGAGUCUGAGAAAAGCAGCUGUACUGGGAGCCCAGCCAGUCAUUUUCAUGCCUUUUCUUGUGCCAAGCAACAUUCGCCUAUUACUGGGGACUUUCUUGGCUACAAGGGGAACACCAUAACAGGCAGUCUUGGAACUCAAGGCCAACUUUAUGAAGCUCCAGAAAAGCCCCGCAUCUGGUCCCUAGCUCAUACUGCAGGAGCCAACAUGAUUGUGGGGUCCACCAGCAACCCUGCUCAAAGGACAGAGAGCCCUGAUUGUUUGCUGCUCAGGGGAAGGUGCUCUGGGACUGACGGACAAUGCAGUGAAGGAAGGCCACUGGGCAACCUUGUGAGAACACAACCCAUUCAUGAUAAGGCCUUGGAAGAGCUGCCACAACCAGCUAAGAUCUUUAAGAGUUCAACCUUCAACCUGCAGUCCAUUGCACUAAACUAUGCUUCAUACCCUGUGCUAGGGGAGACAUGUCAGUAUGCAGCUGGAACAGAAGGAUUUCGGAGGAGCAUAAGAGCUGCUCAGAGUUCCCUGGAUCUGAGUGAUGUUUGUCUCAGUCAACAUAAAGAAAAACUGAGAACAGCUUUCAGGCCAGUGCUGAAGAGGUGAAAAAGGUUGAUGAAGUCCAAGAUGCUACUUGAACUUCUCAAGAAGGUAUGGGGACAUCAGGCUUUCAGGGAAGACACCCACCAUCUCCAAUGUGAAUCCUCUCUUUGUCUGUUUUACUCUUUCUCUGCACCCUUCAAAGCAUGAAUGACUUUUACAGCUUCUCAUGUCAGUGAAAGAGAAGAAAUAACCUUAUGUAAACACAACUUUCACCAACCAGAAAACAUAUGUAGGGAUUGGUUUUUCUAUAUUAUAUGGGCAUAUCUCAUGCACUGAGUUUGUCAUCAAACUACAUUAAUUGAAGUAUGACUCUCCAGUAAAAUUCCACAAUUGUAUUUUGAAUUUCUGAAAGAUCUUGGCUUCUGUUGUAGAUCUGUGUUGUUUUCUGUACAAUGGAAAUUAACAAUGUGGUUAUGGAACCAAUCUCUUUCUUUCUUUUUUCUUCCCCCAAAUAUGUAUGGGUUGUGUGGGGGUUAACAUCCUUCCAACUGGUCCUCAUUUUUUUAAAUACUUUCCCCCUCAUUUUUAAAUUAAGUGUGCUUGUAUGUCAUGUUUCUUCAGAAAGAGUCCUUUCCUAGUUCAACCUGCACAUUUGUUUAUUAUUGGCCUUGUAUAAAGAUAUUGCAGAAAGUAUUUUUAAAAGUCUCUAA